GGGCGGGGCGUGACGGGGCGUGGCGGCGGGGGCUGCCGGUGCCGUUCGCUCCACGCGGGACACGCCGAGUCCGGCCGGUGCUGCCGGUCCCGCCUGCACUGCCCGCCACGUAUCGUCCUGCCGGUGCUGCCGCUCUGCCUUCACUGCCCACGCCUCUCUGCCUGCGCUGCCCGCCCCGGUCCGCACCGUCCCGCCGGCACCGGAACACCGGCUCCCGCCCCAUGGCCUGCCAGGAGAGCGAGUACCGGGACGAGCAUGGGAAAUGCACCCCCUGCAGAAAGUGCAUGCCCGGGCAGGAGCUUUCCAAGGACUGUGGUGAUGGCGGCGGGGGGGACGCACAGUGUGUCCCCUGCCCUCCCAGGAAGUUCAAGGACAGCUGGGGCCACCACGGCUGCAAGACCUGCCUCUCCUGUGCCCUCAUCAACCGCCUCCAGAAGUCCAACUGCACGGCAACGGCCGACGCUGUCUGCGGGGAGUGUCUGCCGGGGUUUUACCGCAAGGCGCGGCUGAGCGGGCAGCUGGACUGGGAGUGCAUCCCCUGCACCAAGCAGACGCCGUCCUCUGAGCCGCAGUGUCGGUCCAGAACAAACCUGGUGAAGGUAGCCGUCCCCACCGUCCCGCCGCAGGACACGGCCCUUCUUGCGCUAACCAGCAGUGCCCUGGUUAUCAUUGUGCUGGUGCUUCUGGCACUCUCCAUCAUCUACUGCAAGCGGUUUUGGAAGAGCCAGUGCCAGCGGGUCUUCCUGAGGACUCAGAACUUCUCGGGCCAGCGAGCAAUGUUCCCAACCGCGGCGGUGCCCGGCAGGUUCCUGUGUGAGGAGCAGAUGUCUGGUCCCUGCUGCCUGGGUGUGAAGAACCUGAGCCCCUGCUACAGGCAGGCAGAAGGCCCCGUGGAAGCGGUGCAGUUCAUUUCGGACGGGGAAGCCCUGGGUCUGCAGCUCCCCGCUCUGCAGCUGGAGCCGGACGUGCCGCUGGCGGGCGCUGCCUCCAAAGGCCAGCGGGGCCGGGGGCUCCUGGAGAGCCAGCCCCUCAUCCGGGCCCCGCCGGACGCCAUGGCCCCGCUCUCCUCCUGCGCCUCCGAGAUGCAGCACAAGUGGCCGCACGCCCCGGUGGAGUGCACAGAGCUGGACCUCCAGAAGUUCUCCACCCAGGCGGAGUUUGUGGGCGGCGAGCGGCCGGAGGACCAGGCAGCGCGGAGAAUCCCGGCGGAGGCCGACGGUGCGGGGCGGGAGGGAGCCCGGCGCCCGCUCUCCGUGUGCCCGAAUCCCACUGCUGAAAGCGAGGAGCAGCCGGUGGAUGAUGCCCAGAGCCUUGUGACUCAGAUCAGCAGCAAGACGAAGGGUCUGCCGGUAGCAGAGCUGCCCCGUUCCUUGGUGCAGUCCCUCGCGUUCUUGUUGGACCCCUCCUUGAACGGCACGAAGAACUUCAGCCACGUGGCGCUGGAGCUGGGCGUCGCGCCGCAGUUGCUGGGACGGCUUUCUGGAUUCGAGCAGCUCGUCGCUCACCUCACCCGCUCGGGAGACGCGGUCACCGUCCCGCUGCUUGCCCAGGCCCUGCAGCGGCUCCAGCGCUUCGAUGCUUUGCUCCUGCUCUGUGACCACUUUGUGCUCGGCCAGGCCCAGGGUCGCCAGUGCUAGAGGGACAGGGAGGGGACGGCUGAAGCUCCAGGUGCUGUGUACUGGUACAGGAGAGGAUCCGGUAGCCCUGCGGUCACAUAACCUCUUUGUGCAAGUGAGGAGUACGUGGAGAUGGUCUCUGCAUUGUGUAACAGAAGGACAUGAGGGGAGCAUUCAUCCUCAGGGGAGGCCGCGGUCGUGCCCAUCUGUGCCACCCCAGCACCUUCCCCUUCGUGUCCUGUUCGUGACACGGUGCAGUUUUCUUGCAGGACUCUCAGACUGAUCCUGGGCUGGGCUGACAUUUGUCCUUGUCACAGAGCAGAGCUGUGGCUGCCGGCCUGGGGACAGUGCUGGCCUGUGCCCUGGUCCUGCUGCCCCACAGGAACCUGUGGCCACUGUGGCUUUGCAAACCGCCCUGUGGUGACACAGGGUGGCAGAGACCGGGCUGCUUCACCGCCGUGCCAGCGCUGGGCGGCAGCUGGAGGCUGCAGCCUGUGGCCAUGGCUGGCUCACAGCGCUUCUGUCCCUGUGCUGGUCACAGCAGAGCCAACUUGUUUUAAAAUUAUUAUUUUCUUGGUUUUUUUUUUUUUUUUUUGAUCUGCCUAAAAACAGCCUAAUUUUCUCAUUUUUGGGUGUAGCUGCUAGGGAGGAGAACACCCUUCUGCUUUUCAUUUCUUCCUGGAGGAUUUGUCAGAGCUUGCACCGGUCCCACCCGCGCCGGGUGCCCCUGAUUUCGGGAGCUGUGCCCCGGGGCCGGUGGCUGCAGGUGUCCAGGCUGUUCUGGAUCUGCCCCCAGCUGCUGGGGCGUUACUGGGAUUGCACUGGCAGCCGCUUUUGGAGGGUGCAGUGGGAGCCGGAGCCGAGCGCUGCCCCUGCAGCCCGGCACAUCUGCCGGGGCAGGCGGGAGCUCCCCGGCGCGGUGCCAGCGCAGUGAUGCUGCUGCCCGGCCACGGCUCCAUUCUGCUGAGCUCAUGGGCAGAGCACUGCCCCAUGACUGGUGGUUCGGCACCGGUGCCUUUAGGUGGCAUCCGGUAAGUGUCACCCGGGUUGUGCCGGGAGCCGUGCACCAGCACCGUCCCUGCACGCUGCGGCCGGGUCCGGCGGGUGCGGUCAGCUCCGUCCCUGUCACUGGGGCUGUGCGGCCGCCAGCAAGCGGCACUGUUACCCUGCCGGGCAUCCCUGGCCGAGCUCACGCAAUUUGCCGUUUAUCUGAGCGCAGUACUCAGAAAAAGCAGGCGACCUUCUGGGAAGGCAGCGCUUUGCUCGGAUCUGCCCGAACACGGGUAUUAAUAGCUGCUGGUCUUUUUCUUUUCCCUGUUAAAUGCUGUUAAGACUUGAACGCGCUCAGGAUGUGGUUUGAUAACGGGAGGCGUGAGCAGUUUCAGCUGGAUGUGACACUUUCUCUCCCCCGCUGUUUGUUUCUUCCAAAGUCAAGGUCAUUCUAUUGCUCUUUGCUCUGCAAGAACUAGAAGUAUUAGACUUUUUGCCCGUUUUAGGCUGGGGUUAGUCAGGCUCUGGUUACAUACUUGGUGUGUUACGGAGCAGUCAGGAAAAGUAUUGCUAAAGCAAACACAGCCUGUGGUCGGGCUUUUCGUUUGAGGUUUCUCUGUGGCAGGGAGAGAGUGUUUGGAUUAAUCAAAUAAAUAUUUAAUACCUCUGUGGACACACUUAGUCACUUCCAGCGGGAAUUAAGAUAAAUGUACCUACAGCUGUCUGAGUAAGAGUCGGCUCAACUUGCCAGCACUGGCUUUGGAGCUGGAACCGGUCUGGGUGGCUUGUCCUGCGUGUCCGUGUGUCUGUGUGUCACCGGUGUCACCAGCGGGGGGUCCCUCGGGGGACGGGCAGGACACAGAACCAGCCUCCUCCUGUCCCUUGGGCACGAGUGAUGGGCAGGAAUGGCUGUUAAAUUUAAAACAGUGAAUAACAAGGACAUUAUAGAAUCAGAGAAUGUCCUGAGUUGGAAGGACCCACAGGAUCAUGGAGUCCAACUCCCAUCCCUGCACAGGACGCCCCACAGGUCACCCCGUGUGUCUGAGGACGUUGUCCAGUCUCUUCUGUCAGGCUGGGGCUGUGACCCCUCCCUGGGAGCCUGUUCAGUGUCCAGCACCUCUGGGUGAAGAGCCUUUUCCCCAUGUCCGGCCGACCCUCCCCGGCACAUCUUCUGCCGUUCCCUGGGGUCUGUCACUGGUCACUAAAGAGACGAGUUCGGUGCCUGUCGCUCCUGCUCCCUUGUGAUGAAGCUGUAGCCAUGAUGAGGUUGCCUCUCGGUCUCCUCCAGGCUGAACAAACCCAGUGACCUUUGUAGCUUUUUCUGGACAGUCUCUGGUAGCUUAAUAACGUGUUGUCUCCCGUGUGCGCAGCCCUGCACACAGUGAAUGCUGCGGGUGGGGCCGCCCCGGGCAGAGCAGAGCGGGGCGAUCCCCGCUGCCCGGCUGGCCGUGCUGUGCUGGGUGCACCGGGACACGGGGCCCUCUUGGCUCCAGGGGCACUGGUGGCUCAUGUUCAUUGUCACACGUGUGCUGCAGGUCCUCAUGUUCCUCCCUCCCUGAGCGGCUCUGCUGGGCUGGGCUCGACCAUUGCGUGGAGUGUUUGCCACGUUUUUUUAUUUCUCCCUUCUUUAAAGAAGUUAACCCCAUUCACUUCAUAGUUUUUAAGGCAAACUAUUAUUUUUCAGCUGUUUGAUGUCUGAGCAAUAUUAUUCACAGUCAAACCCAACCUCUGCCUCGAGGCUGAGGAGGCGGCUCGCAGGGUGGGUGUGUGGUGCAUGGGGGUGCUGUGCACAACGUGUAGGGUGGGAUUGUGCCGUGCUGUACGUGACGUGUAGGGUGCCCACCCACCUGCUCCCCCCGGCUGGUGUCACAGCGGGCACUCUGCUCCUUCCGGCCGCUGUGGCAAGCUCUGUGGUGUUUGCAUGGGCCACAAUCCACCAGUGGCCUUCAGCGCUGCCCUGGGAGCCCCUUUGGCUGGGUUUCCACAAGCCCAGCUGGAGCCCAGGGGAACCACGUGAGCCUGGGAAAUGGGGCAUAACGCGGCUGUUUGGGCAUGGGCAGCAGUCCCUGGGAGAGGAGUUGCUUUAGCUGGGAACCAAUGGACUUGAUACUUGACUUUGUUUUUUUAAACAGUAUUUUCAGCACAAGACUUGGAAUACAAGGGAAGGAAAUUCCCAUACGCUGGAUCUCGCGUUGCAGCAUCAGGAAGCUGUUCGUGCCAAGCUGGCAUGGCUCAAAAAGAGCUGAAAGAAAUCACAUAAUUCAGCAUCUGUGUAAACUGUAGCUGGGCCUGAACAAUGGAAAGACUUUUGUGCCGUGGGAUUAUUUUUUUUACAAGCAAUUGUUUUUGACACCACUCUUGUCUGGAAGUCUGAUUUGCAGAGGAAUUUAUAUGAUAAGUUUAAGUCCAGCCCUGUUCUGGAAAGCUCUUAAGCACAGAUUUAAAAAUAGGCAUGUACUUAAAUCCUAUGAAACCCUUGGGUGCUUUUCCUGGACAGGGUGCUUGUGAGAGCUGUGCCUUCAAUAUGCUCUUUCAGGAGCCGUUUACUGAAGUGAACUUGUUUUAGUGAUCCGGGCACACUUCUCAGAAAAGUCUGCAAGUGUUGGGGGGCAAUGCCCCGUGCGUUUUGGUUACUUAAUAACGCAGACUCUGGUGCUUUUUCUAAAAAGAUAAUAAAUACAUUUCUGUAGCCAUGGUUUACCUAGGGGAAUACAUGGUAUUUUUAUGGUGAAUGUUAUUUUUCUUAAUGGUAACGAAUAGGUUAUUUAUAUUUUUGUAAAUUCUGUGUCAUUACCAUUGUAAUUCUGAAGCAGAGUUGUUCCUGUUGUUUCUUGGGGUGAUGUCGAGGUUCAAAUAAAGCAGUAGCUGAG